CAAACCCAGCUGAGGACCCACAUACACCGGUGACCAGAGCCCAGAGCAGCCUGUCACAUUCUGGAAUGCUUUCAAAAAUUAAUUUGGAUCUGCUGGUCACUUUCCAGUGUGUCACAUCCUUCUGCACAAGGGAGAACAGGAAAUGGCAAACUCCCAGUAUGAGGCAAAGCAUUCCCAUCGCAGCAAUUGGUCCACAGGAGCUAUAAAUUGGUCUCCUCCAGAAACAGAUCAAAAUUUGUCUUCUGUGAGGGUGGCUGGAAACUGAAGAAGCCAUGGAGAGGAACAGUGCUGCCUUUCCACAGACACCAGACCCCACGCACCACUUCCACGUAGCCCUGCUGGAUCAGAGACGGAGGCUGCGUGGCCAAAUUGCUCACCUCCACAAGGCAGCUCGGAAACUCAACAAGCUCCGCAAGAGGUCCCUGAUUGCCAAUGUCAGUGGGAGCACCCUGACCGCUGCCGGAGCAGUCACAGCCAUCCUGGGGCUGUCCCUGAGCCCGGCGACGCUGGGAGCCUCUCUGCUGGCGUCGGCUGUGGGUCUGGGGCUGGCCACGGCAGGGGGGGCCGUCAGCAUCACUUCCGACCUCUCCUUAGUGCUCUGCAAUUCCCGGGAGGUGAGGAAGGUGCAGGAAAUUGCAAUGACUUGUCGGAAACAGAUGAGGGAAAUACUCGGCUGCCUGGAGUUCCUUCGCCGGGGGCAGGGCCCAGGUGACCCUACACUGCGCCAGUCAGAGAAGAGGGCAUCCAUCUCGCUCUACAACUCCGUCUGCUUCAUGGUCUUCUGCGGCUCCCACAGCUUCCUCGUGCCUGAAUACACAAAGGAGGUCACUAAAGUAAGCCAGGCUGUGCUGAAGGCCAAAAUCCAGAAGCUGGCUGACAACCUCGAGACCUGCACCAGGGCAAUGGAUGAAGUCUGUGAUCUUCUUGAGUCCAGAACAGAGCUUUCCCCAUGUACAAGGAGACUCAGCUUGGGUGCUAAAACCACUGCUGAGAUCCUGAGACCGUCCAGCUGAAACAGUGUUUGGCCCAUAUUAAAACUGUGUUUGGAGACAUUACAUUAUUAGCUGUGACCAUUAGCACUGCUUCCUGUUGUUUUACAGUUCACAGUGCUGAUGCCGUGAGGCGGACGUUCUGCAGACCCCUUUUUCCCCAGCUAUCUCCACUGCUCUGCUUCCUCAAGGCAGCAAAAAGAAGUAGGUCAGGAGACGGAUGAAAUACCUGAUGCUGACUGAGCCUGGUUUGUAAACAACUUAUGAAUCUGUGUGUGGUACAAGGGCUGGAGUACCCUAAAAAGCCAGCAGCUGCCAAUUUCCAGUAGAGUACAAUCCCAUUACCAAGGUACAUCUGGAAAGGCUGUAGAAAGAAGCAGCUCCAGAUAUGACAGACUGUAUGGAUAGUUCACCAUCCCAGGGUGAAAUAGUAGGGCCAGAAUUUAUCCGUUUUGGAGAAACCUCUCCAGACUGAGAACUGUGAUGUUUGUAUUCUAUUUAUUUACAUCGAAUGUUUUUAAGUUUAUGAUAUUGUAUUUAAGAGUAUAUAUAUAUAUGUGUGUGUGUGUGUGUGUGUGUGUUGUUUUUUUUUUAAGGAGGCCUCUGUUCCAAAGGAAAACUGUUGUUUUUUUAGAGUAAAAGCAAGUCUGUAGCAUGUGAGAGCAAGUUACCUGUUAUUUUGCUGUGAGGGAGGGCAAAUCCCUGUAGAAAAAGGAAAGCAUGACCUGAAUACUGAUAGUAAUAAAAUAGGUGAAACACAGUCAAACAGUGACAAUAGAUUUUAGGAGCCAAAACAGAGAGAAGAAGAGUGGCCCUGGGACCAGAGUCUGCCUCAGGGCAUUGGUGGAAGGAAGCAGUUAUAUCUCCUGCAGCAGGAAGGGAAGGGUAGGUUGGUGUUACUGGUCUGAGCUGGAGCCCCGCCACGAUGGGAGCGCACCUGAGAGGUGGAGGUGCCACUCUCCAUGCAGUCAAGCAGCCUGUGAGACCCACACGGGAUCAUCUGUGAGGGGGGAGGCAGCACUCAUGGAAAGCUACACGUACUCCUAGCAAUGCUUCCCAUGGAAGGCUUCAUAUUAGUGAAAUACAUGCGGGUACUAAUAUUCAGGAGGGGUAGAGAGGAGUAGGAUGAUUCAGUGGCAGAGCCCGUACAAAGCAGGAGCAAGGACUGGGACCCUGUUUCAAGUGACUGUUCUGCUAAAUAUGCCCUUUGUGAUUUUGAGCCAUCAGUACCUCAGUUCCCUGUCUAAAAACAGGGAUAGUAGCACUUCCCUACCUCACAAGGAUGUGUCUGGGAUCAUCCCACUCAGAAGUGCCCAAGUAUGGUGAUGAUGGGGAUCAUGUCAUUACCUGAAAGAGGUACAAGGAAGAAACCCCGAAACUAGCUUGAGGCGACUAGAAGAGUUAAUGCAGAGGUAACUCCCUCCACAAGCAUGUUCCAGUGGAUAAGGGAAAGUUCCCUGCGCAGGCACAAAUCCAAAUGAUCAGAAAAACCUACUCUGUAAUUCUGUAACACUGACCAAAUUCUUAGGGAGGGCAGCACUCCAUGUCACAAAGCUUGAAUCCUUGUCCUUUUUGUCUCUUCUUUUCAUGAUAUCAACAUUAGUUUUAAUAUGUUAUAGGAAGAAUAAAAGCUCUGGUUCCCCAGAGUGGGACUCAAAUGCUUUUGAUACCAUGCCUGUUUGAACAGAAAUGAACAAGUACACUGCUGAUUUGAAUAAAUGAAUA